UAUGUGUAGAAAUUCACUUCUGAAGUCUCGUACUGGUCAACUGGUAAAACUGGUGGCUUUUAUGUAAACGGAUUAUUCUACAAAGAGAGAUAACUUGUGAUUAAAUUAUUACUCAAGUUGCACGUAUUUCGGAGAAUAUGAGCGAGACCGAUGAAGAAGGACUCAGGAUAGCUAAAGAAGUUGCAUUUGGGAGAGUAUUCGGACAUAAGAGAUUUGAAAACAUCUUACAAAAGAUAUCCAUAGUGUCGGGAGGUGGGGGUAAUAUCACCUGUGAAUUUGAGGUAGUGGAAGACCACAGAAACAGCCAUGGGACUUUACAUGGAGGAAUGAUGUCUUUGUUAGUGGAUGCAGUCACUUCGUGGGCCCUCCACACAAAAGUCAGGGACAGGAACAGCGCUAGCAUAGACCUGUCGCUACGAUUCAUCAAACCCGCUAGGGUGGGGGAGACGGCGGUCAUUGAGGCGCGGACCACCCGCUGUGGACGACGGGUGGCGUUCCUGUCGGCGGAGAUCCGCUCCAAGGAAGGCAGACAACUCCUGGCGGAAGGCUGGCACACCAAACUCCUCAUGGCACCAGGGGCCAAGCUCUGACCAGUUUUACGGAUGCAGCAAGAUUAGCCUUGGGACCAAGACACGUAUUCAGGGAUACUGGGCUUCAGAGAGAAUCUAGUGUAUCAUAAUCCAUGUGAUGAAUAUCAAAUCCUGAAAUCCAUGUUCAUGAAACAAAUAAAUUUUGUUGAUCAAAACUUGAUUAUUAUUACCGGUAUAUCACCUGCAUCAACGAUUCAAUAUUAUUGAUAUUGGGAAAGAAAAUCAUUCUUGUUUAUGUGUUGUUCUGAAUCAAAGUGUUGUGCUGUUGAAAUAUACAGUUUUCUCAAUUUAAAGAGUUCUUGUUUACUUAAUUUGCUAAAAAUGUUUCUUGUGUGCACAAAUAAAGAAUCGUUGUUUUAUGAAAUCGAGUUGA